GUGGUCACUUGACCAGUUAAUUUCCAUUGGCAGUCACAGCAAAAGAAAAUAUAAAAAAAACUAUUCUCAGCAUGUAAAUAUUGUAAUUCAGGAAAGAAACAGACUGGCUAGACGAAACAGACCUUCCAGUGUCCGAUAAAGUCAGGGUGAGCCCUGCAGCAAAGGCAUUGGGAGGUCAUUUAAGUCGUUAAUAAGUUGAGCAUUAAACACUUCUUUUGUUCUUUAACCAGCUCGGUGCAGGUAGCACAUCUGUGGGGACAUUUUAACAUUCAGGUCAGUGCACAGCGUGCCUGAGAGCACUCUGAAAAGGUGAGCUACGCUUCUGCCUUUCAUCGCAUUUCAUCUUUCAUGACAUCUGACGGCAAGCGGUGUGUGAGCCAAGCUAAGGUAAGUCUCAUUACCACAGUAGAAGUCACACAGUAGGGGAUUUCUGUGCCUGUGUUUGUUCUCUACUUGCUUGAGUAAAGAUGUUUUGAGACUUGCUUUGAUAGACUCAUUGUAGAUUAAUUUGAUCAUCCUCCUCAGAGUAUUAGGCCUACUAAAAAACGUCUGUUAAAAAUGAAAUCUAUUUAUUGAUCCACAUGUGUUUUGUGGCUGUACGCAAAUAAACACAAAAUAGUGGAUUUGUUUAAUUUGCUACGGUUUUGUUGUCAUCAUUGUCUUCCUCGUUACUGUGAUUAAUUGUUACCCAUUUUUUGGGUAACAAUUAAGAAAACGAAAUGAAAGUUUAUUGCACAGCAGAGAUAUAACCGGAUUGCUGGAUUGACAAGUAAUUCAGUUUGAAAUGUUGAAAGAGAUGAAGGCUGCUGCUGCCUGUGGUCCAGAGAGGGCUGCUGAGUAUGUGGAGAUGGAUGAAGAGCACAAUGUGUCUCAAGCUGAAGAGAUGCUCAUGGCCUUCAACAUGCAGUCCUGGAAACCAUGGAGACGUGCCCGAUCAAUGGUCAAAGAGAGUGUGCAGUGGGUCCAGGCUACUGUGAGUUCUGUAGUGGGUCUGCACUGGCUCUCCUAUGUGGCUUUGGGAGUUCUCACCGCCCUCCUGAGCUUCUGCAUGAACCUCACCGUGGCCAAGCUGCUGCGAGCACACCAGUGGCUGACCAGUCGUCUGGAGGGCCAUGCAUUGCUGCAGUUCCUGUGCUGGACCCUGUACCCAGCCUCCCUGUGUGCUCUCUCCUCCAGCUUCUCUCACAGCAUCUGCCCCUACUCCGCAGGCUCUGGGAUUCCGGAGGUGCGGUGUAUGCUGGCGGGGGUGGAGCUGCCAGACUACCUGUCCCUGUCGCACCUGUUUGCCAAGCUGGUGGGACUCACCUGCUCGCUGGCGGCUGGCAGCACCGUCUUCCUGGGGAAAGUGGGUCCAUUUGUCCACUUAUCGACCAUGCUGGGCGCAUAUUUACACCGUCUGUGUGCCUCUGCUGCAGGAGUGAAAGAGGGGAGACCUAAACAAGAGAUGCUGGUGGUGGCUGCUGCUGUAGGCGUGGCCAGCUGUUUCGGCGCCCCCAUCAGUGGCGUGUUGUUUAGCAUGGAGGUGACGGGCACCCAUUACGCGCUGAGAGAUUACUACCCCAGCAUGCUGGCUGCCGCCUGUGGAGCGCUCGCCUUCCGCCUGCUGUCUGUCGGCAGCGGGGAGCAGGAGACGGUGCAGGCCCUGUUUAAGACCACUUACUCCACUCACCUGCCUUUCCAACCUGCUGAGAUACUGGCAUUUGCUGUUUUGGGGAUGCUGUGUGGUGCUUUGAGCCGUGUGUAUUUGCUCUGUCAUCGCUGGAUCCUGCAGUUUACCAGAACCAACGCAGUCCUCUCCAAAAUUAUUGCCACUGAGAAAGCAUUAUAUUCUGCUGGUGUAGUGUUCCUCCUGGCGUCUGUAACGUUCCCUUUGUCUGCUGGACAUUUCAUGGCUGCCAAGCUCUCCAUGAACCAGCUCCUUUCUUCACUGUUAGAAGAAACACAGUGGUACAUGGUUUCCCAGAAUGCAACAGUACCACAGGGGACUGGAGAUUCUCUUUGGCAAGCAUGGAAUCCAUCUGGAACCACUAUCUAUGCCACGCUAGGAGUGUUUCUCUUCAUGAAGCUGUGGAUGCUGGUCUUGGCUUGUACCUUACCUCUUCCCGCUGGAUAUUUCAUGCCUGUCUUUAUCUAUGGUGCUGCCGUGGGGCGGUUAAUGGGUGAGGGCCUGGCUCACGCCUCCACAAAUGGGGCCUCUUCACAGGGGACAGCGCGCAACAUAAACCCAGGGGGCUACGCUUUAGCCGGGGCCGCGGCGUUCUCGGGAGCCGUGACUCACACGCUCUCGCCCGCCCUGUUGGCGCUGGAGCUGACCGGUCAGCACACCCACGCCGUGCCCAUCCUGCUCGCCACACUGCUGGCCAACGCACUAGCUCGUGCCCGCCACUGCCCGUCCUUCUACGAUGCCAUCGCAAUCGUUAAGAAGCUGCCCCACCCUACCUCACUACUCAGGACCUGUCCAAAGCUGUUGUCUGUGCAGUUGGGGCAGGUUGUGCAAGUCCCCACAGCUGUGCUGGAGAGCCAGGAAGGGGCAACCAGCGUUGAGAAGCUUCUUCACUCAAGCACUGAGAUGAUUUUUCCAGUAGUGGACUCUCACGAGAGCGGUGUGUUGCUGGGCUCUGUGAGCAGAAUGCAGCUGGAGGCUUUUCUGCAUGGCCGUGGAGAACGGGGACUGGAUAAGAAACUGGUGGAUCAAUGCACUUUUCAGCCAGUAAAAAUCCAGCUAUCUACAGAGGCCACGAUAAAGCAGGCCUAUUCUGUGCUGGGAGCUGUGCGUGAGCAGUGUUUGUUUGUGACCGAGAGGGGGAGGCUGGUUGGGGUCAUCACAUGGUCAGAGAUAAAGAGAAUAAUAGAAGAAUUCGCCAAAGACACAUCAAAACACUAAAUGGCUGAAAAGGAUGAAAUCCAAUCACAAUCUUGCGAUUAUUAUAGAGAAAUAAUUUCUCCCCCUAAGGGCUCUCUUAAAAAAUAAAAAAUGACAGAGAAAAAUAAUAAUAAUUUCCAUCCAAGCUAAGUGUUGAUAUUGCUAUUGAUCCGUACUGUGCCUCUGCCUCGGAUCUUUUAAUUAGAUGAAGAACAGAUGAGAGUGCUGUCGAUUAAUUUGGUGUUAUGACUCAGUCAACCCUUUACAUCUCUCUCUGUUUUAUUGCUCCGGGGGUUAGCCAUACGGUUGCUGAUAGAUGUGGGUUGAUAUCAUUCAUUUGUGCAUCUCUGCAGCCUGCAGCACAUAAGAUGCAUAAGAUUAAAAAAAAUACUUUUUAUUACUGGAUGCCCAGGGCCUAAUUUGAGCCGGAACACCUCCGACGUUGGAUCCGGAACCUUUUUUAUUGGAUCCGUCAACUCUUACGUCAAUAUAAAAAAUAAAUCGCCUAAACGAAAAAUAAAUAAAUUACUGUUUAUGUAGUGUUCAAUGUUGAUAUCUUUCUUAUUAGUCUUUAGAAAUUGGGAAGACCAAACAGGAUACAACAAGCUAAUCGAGUAUAUGAAAGUGCUUUAUCUAGCCUAGAAAUCUAGACGCGCCCCUAGCGGCAGCUGCCAGGGCUAGUCUAGCAACUCUCCGUUGGCUUGUG